GAACGCGAAAUAACUUCUCUCUGCUCUCUUUAUCUGAUUCCGUGCCAUGGAAAUCAUCAUCGGAUAAUCGAAGUCUUCCUGAACUUAAUAAGAUGGACAAGAGAGACGGAAAGAGAGUGGUGGUUGUUGGAGGCGGUAUAGCCGGAUCCGUCGUAGCUAAAUCUCUACAGUUCAAUGCUCAUCUAACUCUCAUUGAUCCGAAGGAAUAUUUUGAGAUACCAUGGGCAAGCUUGAGGGCAAUGGUUGAACCAUCCUUUGCAGAGAGGUCUCUGAUCAACCAUAGAGAUUACUUCUCCAACGGCGACAUUGUUACAUCCAGCGCUGCCGGUAUUACAGAAACUGAAGUAUUGACCGCUGAUAGCCGUCAGAUUCCCUAUGACUACCUUGUUAUUGCCACAGGCCAUAAAGAUCCUGUCGCGAAAAGUAGGAAAGACAGGCUUGAUCAGUACGUAUCAGAAAAUCAGAAGAUAAAAUCUGCAAAUUCCAUUCUGAUUAUUGGAGGUGGUCCGACUGGUGUUGAACUGGCUGGAGAGAUUGCUGUUGAUUUUCCAGAUAAAAAGGUUACUUUAGUGCACAAAGGAUCCAGGCUGAUGGAAUUCAUUGGGCCAAAAGCUGCCGAUAAGACUCUAAAAUGGUUUGGAUCAAAGGGUGUUGAAGUGAAGCUAGAGCAAAUAGUCGACUUGAAUUCCGUUGAAGAUGGAAACAAGACAUAUGAAACUUCACUUGGAGAGAUCAUUGAGGCAGACUGUCAUUUUGUUUGCACAGCAAAGCCACUUGGUACAGCAUGGCUUAAGGAAACUGUGUUGAAGAAUGACUUGGAUGCUCAUGGAAGGAUCAGGGUAGAUGAACAUUUGAGAGUCAGGGGUCGGAAAAAUAUCUUUGCAAUUGGAGAUGUUACAGAUAUUCCAGAAAUCAAACAGGGGUUUCUGGCACAAAAGCAGGCUGAUACUGUUGUAAAUAACUUGAUGCUGUUGAUGGAGGGAGGUAAUGAAAAUAAGAUGAAAACUUACAAGCCACAUUCUGCACUGGCAAUCGUAUCACUUGGGAGGAAAGACGCGGUGGCACAGCUUCCAUUCUUGACAAUCAGUGGAAGAGUUCCUGGCUUGAUAAAGUCUGGAGAUUUGUUUGUUGGCAAAACAAGGAAGCGUUUGGGACUCCAACCUGAUGUCACGCAAACUUGAGUAAAUAUAAUGGGCAACGCUGUCUAUAAAAAUGAUCUCACUCUUCCAUCGCAUGCUUACUGUGCAUUAUCUGUCCUUCUUUUCCUUUUUUAUUAUGUUCUUGAUUAAAGGAAAGGAAUGUCUCUGCUUCUAUGAUAGAAUCAGUUCGAUGCUGAUAAGUGGACUGCUGGCUUGGCUUGAGAUUAAUUGUGAGUCAGAAGUGGCCAUGCAGUCUUUGUUAUUGAGUUAUUGGAGCAUUCACUUUUUCCAUUGUUAAAUUUGAUUGAUUUUUAGAUACAUGCUAAUUGGACCC